CUCGAAAAACGUUGGAAAUAAAUUAAACACUUCUCAAGUUCUCAUCAUUUUCCUUUGUAUUUCUUAACCAGCAUAAGAUUUCAAAACAGCUCAGAUUCGCCAUUAUCAUGGUUCUUCCCAAAACCCUAGUAGCCUUAAUGACGAGAAAAUGGAGGAAGAUUGGUGUUGUGAGAAGAAUGGGGAGUAAUGUGUCUUCUUCUCCGUUGAGAACGUCAUUUUCUUCUUAUGAUAGAAGGGGUUACUUUGUGGUCUACACCGCGGACAAAACUCGUUAUGUGUUGCCGCUGAAGUAUCUGAAGAGUGACGUGAUCGUGAAGAUACUAAGGAUGUCUGAAGAAGAGUUUGGAUUCUCAAGCGACAAACCAAUCGUACUGCCGUUUGACAAUUCUGUUAUGGAUCGGAUAAUUUCGUUGUUGUUGUACUCACAGCAAAGUGCAGAUGAAAUGCUUGAGAAAGUACCGGUAAACUCUAUGGCUUCGGCCAAGGGUUGCUCAUCGCUAAAUCAGAGUUCUUUCAUCCCGCAUCAUCACUCUUGCCAAAGCUUAUUUGUUCAAUAAUUAGGUUGAUUAUUGCCUAAUAUUGGGUUACUUGAUUCCUAUGUGGCUAUGUCCAUUGCCACUGCUUUUGAGACGGUUGAACAAAAGCAAGCAGUCCACCAAUGCCCUAGCUUCUUCAUUGUAAUAACAGCUAUAGAGAAAUUACAGAGGAGAAUAAUUAAUGUAUUAAAGAUGUCAAUUAAUG